AUGGAGUGCUUAUCUGGAGACCCUGCGCUGGAAGAGGAAUUCAAGCGCUUUAAAAAGCGCGAUCUAACCGAGACAUAUUCAUUUAAAAUGGCAUGUGAUUCAUUAGGACCGCAGAAAUGCAAGAAUAUUGUUUUCAGGAGUCACAUGAUGGAUAGAUUGAGUACCGUUCCUAAAACUCGCGCACAACCGAGACAAUUCAGCGCUUUACCCCAUACACCUGCAACAAACUCUGCUGAUCUCCAGGUGUUGACGUGUUAUCCUGAAAACAAACUUGUAGAUCUUCCCGAGUGGAUCAGAGAUCGAAAAGCAUUGCGAGAAGUGUUGGACGGGAUGGGUGACCUGCGCAGGUGGCUUCAUAAUAAACCUAACCUCACGGAUCUGGAGUUUCGGGUCAUGGAGAGAGAGGGACGAGCUAGGAUAUCCCCUCCUGAAACAAGCAUGUAUACACCAGACGCUGCUACUUCAUCACCGAGCAUGCUCAAACAUGAGAUUGAAGAAGUAAACCAGUAUCUGUGCAUGCACAAGCAUACCUGCAAACUCGCCAAACUGUUAGACUGGCAUGGGACUGGUCAAAUAAAACGUGCAGACCUCUGUACGUUGUUUGAGAAGGAAGGCUUCUUCAUACCCCCUGAGAGGUUGGAUGAACUCAUAUUCUCCUUAAAUAGUCAGGAUGGAACCUCGGUAGCUGUAGAUGACCUGGCUGCUGGUAUUCAGGCCUGGAGCAGAAAGUAUCAGGAAAGAGACGGACAAAGAUCAAACCCUAUGCUUGAGUUUAAACAUAAUCCACAAAAAGAUGGAAUCAUGCUUGACAGAGGAGAUCAGGAUCAGGAGGGCAUGAAAGAUGCGGAGGUGUUAGCAAUCAUGCGAAGAGUUCUGGCAUCUACCAAAACCUCUUGCCCUUCUUCUCUAAGUGGCCCAAUGGGAAGAGAAGUGAACCGUUUCAGGGGACUUUGUUUUAAACAAUACGCAAAAGCACUGGAGCAAUGCCAACAACGUGGGCUUAAUGUGAGCCAAGCCACUCUACAGAGAGCCAUGUUGCACCCUGGUGACAUGAGCAUUUCUAGGAGCUCAAACUUGGGAGGAAAAGGUAACUUCACAGGUCGUAGUAGACGAGAACAGCGCCUGGCAUCCCUCAGCACACCCAAAGCACAUCAAGUGGAAUAUGUACCACAUAAGAGCUAUAAAGAAGUAAAUAAGAAAUCAAUUGGCUGGGCAGACCCUAAUGCUUUCUGGCCUGGAAGGGAAGAUCAUGUGCGCUUGUUCCUGCCCCUGAUGCCUUGGUCUCCUGCAUCGGUUUUGUUUCAGUGCAUUGAACAUUCUUCUGCACCAAGUUCUGGAAGCUGGCCUAUAAAUCAUUUAGGAUACUCAACAUCUGGAGACAUAGAAGCAUGCAAGAAAUACACUCUCUAA